AUGUUGGACCAUCAAUACAAGUUCAAAGUCCACAUGGGAUGCAGCGGCUGCUCCAGGGCCAUCAAGGAAGCCGUGGAAUCCUUGACCGGGGUGAAGAAUUCCUCUAUUUGCCUUGAAGAGCAGACCGUAUUCGUGGUGGCUGAACCUUCUCUCUCCUACGAAGCUGUUUUGGGGGCCAUUAAGGCGAAGGGAAAGAAGGUGCGCAGCGGGGAGGCUGACGGAGUUGCUCAGACUGUUUAA